UCCGCGUUUUCCAACCUAGUCAAGAUCGAGUCUCUUGCCUGUAUCUUUGACCUCGACGCUGUAAGGGAAGAGGAGCUAUCAAGACCCGUACACCAUGUCGUCCGCAGUAGCGGAGCUGGACUCGAUCCUGCAGUCCAUGCUCAAUCUCAAACCGCCCGGAGUCUCAGGCUCUAAGAUCACCGCCAUCACCUCACUUUGCACAGCAAACAUACAAUCCGAGUCAGUCCUCAUUCAAAAGCUCUAUACACAUUUCAAGAAGACACCUGGCACACACAAGCUGGGAGUACUGUAUGUCGUAGAUUCAGUAACACGACAAUGGGUAGAUCAAGCCAGAAAGGCCGGUCAACAGCCUGGUAGCGGAGCUCCUGAUGGAACUUUUGCAGCCGGUGUGACUCGAGUGACUGAACUGCUACCCGUACUAAUGAACGACAUCAUUGCUACAGCGCCAGAAGAUCAGAAGGUCAAAAUCAAGAAACUGCUUGAGAUCUGGGAGCGAUCCCAAACCUUCCCAGCGCCAUUACUUGCCACUCUUAAAGAAAAGCUCGACGCACCCAGAGUAUCCACCACUCCAGACGGAUCCCCACGACCUGGCUUUGUCCAACUUGGCAACUCAGCAUCAGCGUCCUCAAACGUGACAACAGCAGCACAGCCACAACAAGAUACUUCCGCCAUCCUCGAAGCUCUCAAGAACAUGGCAAAGCAGAAUGCCGCUGCAGCGCCUCCACCAGUUGCAGCGCCAGCUAGUUUGAAUAAUCUGUUAGGCGCGCAAACUGGAACCCCUCAGCCGAACAGUACCGUAAAUCCAGGAUCUGCUCCCACUGCCGCCAAUGGGCACGCUGUAAACCCGCUUGGAGCGCUCUUUGCUGGCAUGAAUAAUGGUGCACAGAGUCAGAGUCCUGCCAAUGUGUCGCAGAACCCGCUUGCUGCUUUUCUUCCUCAGCCACAGGCUCCUGUUGCGAUGCCGCAAAAUCCUGCUCCCAUAAACCAAGAUGCUCAAACUCAGCUCCAACUUCUCCAGCUGUUGGCUGCUCAAGGUGUUCCACCUGAUCAAUGGGCUACGGCUCUUCAAUUGCUCAAUAUGCAAAAUGCCAAUGGUGGUGCCAAUGCCAUGCCAUUCCCUCCUCCAGCGCAAGCCAACAAUUGGAAUGGGGGACAGUCACGUGAUGCCACUACCCGCUCGCCUCCGGGCCAGUUUCGGCGUCGCUCACGCUCUCCUGGUUUUGAUAGAAGACGAGAUUUGUCUCCAAGACGCCAUCGGGAUAGUCCAGGUGCUGAUCAGUUCCGUAAUGACCGCGAUGGUCGACGCGACUAUCGUCAACGCAGCCCACCUGGUAGGAGACGCCGAAGUCCCUCACCGCCAGCCAGUGAUCCCAACCUUCCUCCACCAGGGCCCAAGAGCAUCACCUUCGAUAGAAGCUUGUCCAAGGGUCAUAUCAAGGUCUACAGUCGAACACUCUUCGUCGGAGGUGUCACUUUCGGAGACGCUACUCUGAGACCCCUCUUCAGCAAAUUUGGUACUGUUCAGACAUGUAUUGUCAACGUUGACAAGCGCCAUGCUUUCAUCAAGAUGAUCAACCGCCAAGACGCAGAAAGCGCCCGAUAUGGAAUGGAGGAAUAUAAGAUUCAAGACACUCAACUUCGAACCAAAUGGGGUGUCGGAUUCGGACCACGCGACUGCAGUGACUAUACCACUGGCGUCAGUAUCAUUCCUAUUGAGCGACUUACGGAAGCCGAUCGCAAAUGGAUGCUCACCGCCGAAUAUGGUGGUACAGGUGGCGUACAGAUUGAAGAAUACAUGUGUGUGGAAGAGCCUGACAUUGAGAUUGGUGCGGGUGUCUCCUCGAAAGCUAUGAGCCGACGUGUCCCCACUGACUCAGCUGGACGACGAGGACCACAAUCGUCCCAGGGACGUCAGCAAGGUGGACGUGACGAGAGAUAUCGAGACGAUGAUCGUCGGAUGGACCGCAAUGACCGACCAGGCUCUUCAAACGCCAAUAAUAACCAUACCAUGCCGUCCAUGCCAUUUCCCAUGAACUUUGGGAACAUGCCGGGCAUGCCCAUGUUUCCUCCCGGCUUUCAGCUUCCCGGCUUUCCACAACAACACAAUCAAGAAUGAUUCGGAAAGACAUGAUGGAGAAGAUGGUCUCAUUUGAUGCACAAAGAUUGCCGAGGGCAAGGACAAGGAGUCGCGUGGACUGAUACCCCUGUACAUGCUUGAUCACAGCAUUUUCGGCGUUGCUCAUUGCCAGAGAAACCUUGGUUUCCAUACGAAUUGGGGAA